UUUGUGCAUUGUAUGGUGGGAGAAUAAACUAAAGAAUUAACCAUAUUUAUUAUGCAUACUGUGUGCUUUGAGUAUUCUGUAUUUUGCCACUUCUUUUCAGGUGAUAUGUAAUUACAGUAAGCAUAGAUAAUCCGUGUGAAGCUUAGUGUCUCGAAGCAGCACUUGAACGCAGCAUUAGAAUGGUGUCAAACGCCCAGGUGAGACAGACACGCCCUCUCCUGGACGACAACACAGGGAGGAGAAACUUCCCAGCUUUAGUGAGUGAAAACAACCGACCCGGGUACGGAUAACACGAGCUAACUGGGACUGAAACAUUUCAACAAACCAAUACCAACAACAUCGAUUAACAAUAGAACAAACACGGGCAGAGUUGCAGUAGCUUUAAUGGAGCGAUACGAUGACCUGGAUUUGGAGUGUGAAGGAGGAGGCGUAGCCGAUAAGGUAGCGUUAUUCGGUGGGAAGUUCAAAAAAUCCUUCAAGUCUGCAGAACCAUCUCUCCAAGCACAGGACAGUUUAUCGGUCAGCAGUGAACUUUCAAAGAGCAAUGAUAGUCUUACUGACAGCAGCACCAAGGAGAAAGGAGGCGUAUUUAAAGGAAUGUUUAAAAAGACGACCAAAGCUGCCAAAGACGGACAGCUACAGGACUCCCUCUCAGUACAAAAUUCCGAACUGUCCGCCAGUAGUGACAGUUUAACAGACAACAAGUCAUCAAAGGAAAAAUCAGGUGUGUUCGGUGGGAUACUGAAACGAUCUCCUAAACCAGGACAUGUCCGGAGGCCUUCGCAGGAUCUUCUGGACAACGAGUUCACAGCCAGUAACGACAGUCUGUCCGAGAACACCACAACUAAGGAAAAAUCAGGUGUGUUCGGUGGGAUACUGAAACGAUCUCCUAAACCAGGACAUGUCCGGAGGCCUUCGCAGAAUCUUUUGGACAACGAGUUCACAGCCAGUAACGACAGUCUGUCUGAGAACACCACAGCUAAGGAGACCGGAGGGGUGUUCAGUGGGAUGUUUAAAAAAACCUCAAAGCCCUUUGGAGCGAGGACACAGUCUCAGGAGGAUUUGUCUGCACCCAGCGAGCUCUCAGGCAGCAAAGACAAUCUCUCUGUGAACAGCGACACUAAGGAGACCGGAGGGGUGUUCAGUGGGAUGUUUAAAAGGUCCCCAAAGCCUUUUGGAGCGAGGACCCAGUCUCAGGAGGAUUUGUCUGCACCCAGCGAGCUCUCAGGCAGCAAAGACAAUCUUUCUGUGAACAGCGACACUAAGGAGACCGGAGGGGUGUUCAGCGGGAUGUUUAAAAAGUCCCCAAAGCUUUUUGGAGCGAGGAGACAGUCUCAGGAUGAUUUGUCUGAACCCGGCGAGCUCUCGGGAAGCACUGACAAUCUUUCUGAGAACACUAAGGAGAAAGGAGGAAUCUUUGGGGGGGUGUUCAGAAAAAAAGUUGCCAAAUCUCAGUCUCAGGAGGAUUUGUCUGUGGAUAGUAACCUCUCUGCCAGCAGUGACAGUCUUAUAGAGAAGUCUUCAAAGGGUGGAGUAGCGGCGAAGAUCCUGAAGAAUCCUUCCACCGCCUCAUCUCAAGAUAAAGAAAAGACUGAGCACUCAGGAGACUCCAAGGAGAAUACCUCUACUGCAGAGAAGCCCAAAACCAAGCAGAAUGGUUUUAGUGCGAUGAUGAAGAGCACGUUCUACUCUGACAAACAGGAGAAUAACUCCGACUCUGAUUGUGAGGAGAUAUUGGACAAUGGAGAGAGCCAGCCCGGUCACAAACAGAGUAAGUUUGCUGGGGCGAUGGAAAAGCUGAACCCUUUUCGAUCUGCAAACAAAAAUGACAAGCAGACGAGCUCAGACGACGAGGAUCCACCUGCGUACAGCGAGAGGUCAUCAGGCAAUAAACAGGUCAAAAGCAACAUGAUCCAGCCAGAGAGAAAGGAAAGAAGUGAAACUCCAACGGUCCCACCCAGACCAACUAAAGAGGAGAUGAAGGGGACGUCCACAUACGACAAAGUAAAAGCAAGAGGGACUGAGGAUAAGAAGAGCCGAUCAGACGAAGAAGGCCUCAAAGAGGAAUCAGCGGCAGCUGCAGAGGGAGAUGAGGAGAACCCUCCGGAAAGCAAAGCAACCAAAGUGAAAAAACACAAGCACCAUAAUCCGUUUGUGCCACGAGCUGGAGCCAAGGCUCAGUCUGAUGAUGAAGGGCUGGGAGAAGAAGAUGAGUCUUCAUCCAAAGAAGAUAAGAAAGAUGAGAAGGACAAAACAGAGACCAAAGUCAAGAAACCAAAGAGACACAAUCCCUUCAUGCCUCGGGUCAAGGGCAAAGGUGCACCGAAGAACGCACAGGACGGAGCUAGAGCAGAGAAUGGAGGUGGAAAUAGAACCUUGUUCGACCAGCUGGAGGACUUACGUAUUGACCCAUCACAGCCUGAAGACGGCCAGGAUGUGGAAGGCCUUAUGGAUUGGUGGAACACAGUGGAGCCUUGGGAGGACACGCCUCAAGAAGAUGACAUGACAGAUAAAGAAGAGGCCAAAGCGUUUGCUGUGACGGCACAGAAGGUGCAGAAGGGCAUCCGUGUCUUCAACAAACUGUUCUCAGAGCGCGCUGAGAGCCUCUGGCAGCACGUCAUUGACCUCAACACCAUCGCAGACGGACUGGACAAAUUCAACAAGAACACAAAGAUCGCUCAAAUCACCGGAGGCUCCACCAGCGCCAUCGGGGGCAUAGCCACCAUCACAGGCCUCGCUCUGGCCCCGGUUACCAUGGGAAUAUCCUUGAUUGUGACGGCGGUGGGUUUGGGUGUCGCCACGGCGGGCGGUCUGACAUCAGCAGGUGCCGGCAUCUCCAACCAGGUCAACAACUCGAUGGACCGCAAGAAGGUGGAGAAGAUUGUGCUGGAUUAUCAGGACAAGAUGGUCGACCUCGACAAGUGUCUGAAAUUCAUCAAGCAGGGUAUCGAGAAUCUGUCGAGGUUCGACCUGAUCAAAAUGAAAGAACAAGCCUACAACCGCGACUUCCCUGCGCUCAGUAGUAGAUUCUUUGAGGACGGCGCCAUGGCAGGGAAGGCCAUCCUCGUCAACGCCAAUGAGAUCAUGCGUGUGGUGCAGAUCGCAAACGUGGCGGGCAGCACAGCGGCCCGAGCGGUCCAGAUUGCCAGUAUGGCCACUGGUGUGCUCACCGGACUCUUUGUAGGUAUGGACAUCUACUUUGUGGCCAAAGACUCCAAAGAACUCAAGAAAGGGGCCAAGUCAGAGUUUGCUGCCAAAAUCAGGGAGGUGGCGACGCAGCUGCAUGAAGGUCUGGUGGAGCUCAACGGGAUACGACAGGAGCUGCAGUCCACAGUACCAGAGAACGACGAAGGCAAUGAUACAGCUGCUUUAGAAAGCGACAAGAAGGAGAAAUAUGACAAACAUGACAAACAUGACAAACAUGACAGUUCAAGUGAAGAUGAAAUCGACCGCAUUAAAAAAGCCAUUAAAAAGGACUACGAGAACCGAGAAUAUGUUUGACGGAAACCUAAAAAGUGAAUAAGACCUUAAACAUUGCUUUAUUAUUAAGCUUUCAGAGGGAAGAUUCAAUCAUCGUCAGUUUUCCACUGCCAAACGUUUUCAAGUGUCUUUUAAAGUACCGGCUCAAAACUCCAGCGUACUGCUGCACUGCAUCUAUGAGGUGGUUGGUGCCAGUUUCCUAAAAUGGGGAAACUACAAUCAAGCCUAUUUUUAAUUAGGGAACUACACUAUUGAUGAAAUACACUAGUUUCCAAAACUUAUUUUAAAGACCUGACAAACAACAUUUACAUUACUGUGAGGAACUGAGGCUUUGUGGUAGAUAAAGUAUCAUAUCUGCUUCUUUGGUUGUUGUGCCAAAGUGUUAAACCGCCAUGUUGUCUUUUAAGAAAAUGUACUCCAUCAUGUAUUUGGAUUGUACAUUUUUAGAUGAAAUAAAGAAAUAGUUGCAAAGUAUUUUUUUAGAGACUUUAGAAUUUAGACUUUAAAGUGUUGAGUUUCAUCAAAGUGUGUUGGUUCUUAUUGAAACACUUUUACUGACCAGGUGUAGAGAUUGUUUAUACUCUUACAGGACAAGUGCCUUUAUCAUUUAUAAUGCCUUUAGAAAUACACUAUGAUGCAAUAUAGCAUUAGUCUAUGUCUUCUAUGUUUAUGUUGUUUAUUUUGGUGUCAGGGACUGCAACACAACUCCUCAUCCUCUGCUCGAGGUUUCAGAGCUGAUGUUUUAAUGUCUUGAUGAUAUUGGUCUCAUUUUAAAGAAUGGUGGUAAUAAACUUGAAUAGGAUUGUUUUUUCAAAAGCCAAUAAAAUUACAAAAUUAUGCUCGGAAAGAAGCAGGACGGGGGUGCACCAGCUGUUUGUGAAUCCAUCACUAAGUUUGUGUGUAAAGUUUUUACUUGCUACUAGCUAGUUAAACACGAGUGACUCACUACUUAAGAAAUGUCCAAGCUAGUAAAGUAAAGACUUUGGUCAUUUGUGUGCCAAUCCUUUGUAAAUGCAUUUAAUAGUCUACAAAUGCAUACAUUGAGAAAUGUGUGUGCUUAAGUGCUUAAGUAUUUAAGUACUUUUGAAUGAAUGGGAAAUAGCUGACUAUGCUAACCUAGCCAAAGUUAUUUGGUCAUUUAGUAUAAUGUGUUGGCUCUGUUUUGUAAUUUAUGGUACAUCAUGUUUCUUCCCAUUUAUCACCAUUAUUAAACAUAAUUUUGAUCAAGUCGAGUCAGAUAUGUUGCCUAUAUUUCAUAUUAUCUGUAAAACUCCUUCGUCUAAACUGCUCAUAUGUUAGCAAUGUUAACUUUGGUUCUGUUAGCUAGUCCGUUACUGGGUGUAAAUAUUUACUAGCAACUAAACUGUACGUGAGAAUCGGUUGUUGUGAAGCAACCUGUUUUUAUUGAGUGAUGUUUAAAUCUCUACUUGGUAAACACUUGGAACAGCUGGUGCAACAUAACGGGGAGACGCAAACAUAAAAACAUGUCUGACGAGAACUAAUGGGAAAAUAUGAUUUUGUUUCUUUCAAGACUGCUUCAAGUUUAGCCAUUCAUGUUUUUCAAUCUUGUCAUCAGAUGUUUUAAUGGUUUCAAGGUGUACAAUGAUGUCUUACUAGACGACUGGAAUGACACAGGACUGUAAGAACCAGCCAGGACUGUGUCGACCUCUCCUGAAAAGAACCAUUUGCAAUUUCCUUUUAUUAUGGCAUUAAUAUAUUUAAGACUGUUAUGUCAACGUCAGGGUUUGAUUGCGUUCUGUACUGUAAGCUCUGUCGGCUCUGUGGUCUGUUUAAUGAACUUAAUAUUUAUUUUCUGGGUGGAGUUGUUCAGUCAAUACUACCUUUUGUAUGUGCAAUAUAUUGUAGAACUGUGUAAUAAAUGUAAAAUUGAUAAUUAAAAGUAAGAGAAAACAUUUUCUGUCAGUGUUUCUAAAGUUUAUAUGCAGCCAACAAACACUUCCUUCUUCUGACUGCUGUGCACU